ACGUGACAUUUGAGAAUCUCGAAGAAGAAAAACAAGAACGCAGACCAAAUAUCUUUCUCUUAUCACUUACGACGCAUCAUGGAAACGAAAGACGAAGAAGUUGCAGCGUUCAUUUCUAGAAUAUUUAACGAAAUUGUUAGCAGCCCGCUCAAUUUGGCUCUUUUGGGCGCCAUCGGAUAUGUUGCUUACAAAAUUGUCGCUACCCAAAUGGAAGAGAGAAAAGUUAAACCGGAAGAACCUCCUUUACCAAAGCUUAGAAAACAAGAUAUGACAAUGGAACAACUGAAGCAGUACAAUGGAACUGGACCUGAAGGACGAGUUUUGGUAGCAGUCAAUGGAAAAGUUUUUGAUGUCACCAAAGGCAAACGCUUUUAUGGCCCUGGUGGACCUUACGCCGCGUUUGCUGGACGUGACGCUUCUCGGGGUCUUGCCACCUUUUCUGUUGCUGCCUCAGAUGACUUUGAUGACCUUUCUGAUCUUACCCCUGUUCAAAAAGAAUCAGUGAAAGAAUGGGAAACACAGUUCACUGAGAAAUACGAGUACAUCGGUCGACUCUUGAGACCAGGAGAAUUAUCACGAAACUACUCAGAUGGGGAGACAGAAGGAGAAAGCAGCGAGGAAGAGGAUGUGUCUCGGCCGAAAGCCGAGUAGUCGUGUCACCUAUUUUUCUCACCGAUGUGUAUAGCUGCUGUAUUUUGUUCUCUUGAGAAGAGGUGAAAUUGUCUCUCAAUUUUCCAAGUCUAAAGUUCUUGUUUCAAAAAAGAUUCAGAUUAAAAUUUGGCAAUUAUCUA